AUGAACGAUUACGGAGAUUCUGGUGCUGAGGAACUGGACUUCUUUGGCUUGGGCGAUUUAAGGAAGGGUCCGUUGGGGUUUGAGGAUGCUGGGGCUGUGUUUGAGGCAGGGCAUGUUGGCGCGUCGCAUACAGUGGAGGCGGAGGAAGCACCAUUCCUUGACGCGUUCGCUGCACUCUCACUCGACCCUAAGGAACCGCUGAAGAAAGAGCGUCAACAAGAAGAGCUACCGGCACUCGAGCUACCGCACGUCGCCGUAGACGACUUCAAUUGGCUAGACGAUGGACAAGACUCGGACAAUAGCAGAGCGACGACAUAUUCCGUCCCCGAGAGCGACGAAGCAAAGCCCAAUGAGUCGCAGCAGCUAGAUAUCUGGAACCUCGCCUCACAAAUCCCAGAACAACCCGCACGAGGACGCUUGGUAACUUGGGACUCCUACCUCGCAUCAAAACCAUCCGCCGAAGUCCAAUCGCCAUUUCUCACUGAGAAUCCGGCGGAGGUUUUCGACGCUGUCCUACAUCGCGCACUAAACAACAUUUACGACCCGCACGCAGCCGGCACACCCAUCGAGUCUACCCAAUUCUUCCGAUCUCUCGCUGAGCUGGGGUUGGGAAGAGAAAGCGUGUUAUGGAAAUGGAACGCCGACACGAGGUAUUGGGAAGAUUGCGAGGAGAGAGUCAGAGUGACUGGAUGUACUGUUGAGAGCGUGGCCGGAAUCACAGAAAUGCCGAAAGCAUGCGGUGCCAAUUUCCGGAUGUUAGAGGGAGCAUGUGUCGAGAUAAAGGGCAACCCGGAGGAGUUCGGUGCUACGGCCGUUGCGUUCGGUGAAUGCGUUACUGUCCUCCUCGACGACUUCCGACGUCGACUCACCUCCGAGAUACGCGAUAUCCCGACAAACAGGGGGUUGUUAAUGCUGGAGGCGAUCUUCAAGCCUGUGCACGCCAUCCUGGAAAUGCUCGCCGAAAUUGCGUUCGUCAACGAAAAACACGAAAUCCGCAUCGGCAUUGAACUACUGAAGAAAGUGUUCGAGAUGGCGCAGGCGAAUGAGUGGUUGGAAGGCUCUGUACUGCGACCAGUGUUAUAUGGAGUGUUACAGCGGACGAGUGUGCCGUACCUGGAGAGGUUGGAGAAGUGGAUGCAUAUGGGACGGGAGCGUUCGCGUGGUGCCCUAUCUGACAUGAAAGAAUUCUUCAUCCAGAAAACACCCACUUCCGCCAACGCCGAAGGCGACGGAUACACCCUCAAACAAUCCCAUAUUCCCCCCUUCCUCUCCCACACCGACGCUCUCCGCACACUCGGAUCCGGGGAGUCACUCGAACUUAUCAAAACCUGCAAACCCGAUCAUCCUUUGUGUCAAUAUGGAGAAGGAGGUGCGAUGGAGGGUAUGACAAAGUUGAAGUUGGAGUGGAAGUUUAUGUGGGAGGAUUUGGAGAGGUUGGGGGAGGGGGUGAGGAGGUAUGAGAGGGAGAUGAGGGAUGUGUUGGAGGCAUAUCGGAAUAAGAACACUGUUACUCCGAGUUCGGAUGGUAAUGUGGAAAUGGAGGUUGAAGUUGAGGAUAAGGAGGUGGGGAGGGAUGAGAUGGAUAUGGAUAUGUGGCAAAUGGAUAAAGAGCAACUCCAAACCAUCAUUGGCGAUCUACGCGAGAUGAUGUCCGCACCUCCCACCACCACCACCACCACCACCCCCCAACCCACCGAUGCCGCCACGAGUCUCAAUAUCACCGUCUCCAACCCCCCCUCCCUCGACACAAUCGCACACCACGCCUUCCAACGCGUCCUCGCCAUGCAAUCCCGCCUCAUCCAAACCGCAACCCUAGAUCUCUUCCUGCACGACCUCAACCUCCGACACGAACUCGAGUUAUGGUGGAGGUUCGGGUUAUUUGGGGAUGGACGGUUUGUGGGUACGUUGAGGGAGGGUGUAUUUGGCGCCAAUGGGCUCGGGCUCGGAAAUGGUGGUAAGGGGAGGUGGCCGCCGAGUGGGGGACGGUUGGUGGGGGCGUUGGAUGGGGUUUGGUUGGGGGGCAAGGAGAAUAAUCGGAUUUCGUUCGGGGUUGUGGAGCCUGAGCCCACGGACAACGACGAGAAUGGGGAUAUGGUCGUCGCGAAGUGGAGUGAUCCGGAUUCUUUGCAUGCGCUGGAUUGGCUGCGCGUGCAUUGGCGGGGAGAGUAUCCCCUAAACACGACGGUGUUUAGGGGAGAGGUGGUAGAGAGGUAUGCGUCCAUGUGGAGAUUCCUACUCGUCUUAGUUCGUCUGGAUCGCACUGUACGAAACUUUCCCCGAGCCACGAUGGCGACGAAGAUUGGGAUUGGAGGAGAGGAGGUCAGGUUUCGGGUUGAGGUAGCGCAUUUCGUGGCUGGGAUUGUUGGGUUCGUGUUUGAUGUCGCGGUCGGUGCGACGUGGAAAGCCUUUAUGGAUGAACUGAGUGGUAUCGAGAGAAAGGUGAAGAAAGGGAAUGUGGAGGGCCUCAGUCUCGCGGGGUUAAUGGCCGCGCAUGAUGCGAUGUUGGAUAAGAUGCUGUCUCUAUCCCUCCAAGGAAAACGACAAGCGCCGAUUCUCAAGUUGGUGGAAGGGAUGUUUGGGGUUAUUCUGGAGUACAACAAACUUGUACGAGAACGGGGGGAGAAUGAACGGGAAGGGAAGGAGGAGGUGAAGGGGUUGGUUGAGAGGUUUGGGAGGUAUAUGGGGAUGUUUUUGAGGGUGUUGAGGAGGUUGGAGGAGAAGGGGAGUGAGGGGUUACAGGAGUUACAGGCGAGGAUGGAUUUUGGGGGGUAUUAUAGGGAUGGUGUCGAGUUACCUCUGCCAUAGAUCCGAACAUCAGGUUAUCCACAGAUCACUCUUCAGGACAAUUGCAAAGCUAUUGCGAUGAGAAACGUCUAUAUUUUCGAAUGUUUUUAGAUUAUUGCAGCCCGCUCUUAGGCUGUACGAAGCGCGAGCACCA